GGUCAUCAGGGGUCACCAGGGUCAUCAGGGGAGCCAAGGGGUCAGCAGGGGGUCCAAGGGUUACCAGGGGGUCCCAGAGGUCGUCAGGGGUCACCAGGGUCAUCAGGAGAGCCAAGGGGUCAUCAGGGGGUCCCAGAGGUCAUCAGGGGUCACCAGGGUCAUCAGGGGAGCCAAGGGGUCAGCAGGGGGGCACAGAGGUUACUGGGGGGUCCCAGGGGUCAGCAGGGAGUCCCAGGGGUCAUCAGGGGUCACCAGGGUCAUCAGGAGAGCCAAGGGGUCAGCAGGGGGUCCCAGGGGUCAUCAGGGGGUCCCAGAGGUCAUCAGGGGUCACUAGGGUCAUCGGGGGAGCCAAGGGGUCAGCGGGGGGCACAGAGGUUACCGGGGGGUCCCAGGGGUCACCAGGGUCACUGGGGGUCACCAGGGUCAUCAGGGGAGCCAAGGGGUCAGCAGGGGGUCACAGGGGUUACCGGGGGGUCCCAGGGGUCAGCAGGGAGUCCCAGAGGUCAUCAGGGGUCACCAGGGUCAUCAGGGGAGCUAAGGGGUCAACAGGGGGUCCCAGGGGUCAUCAGGGGUCACCAGGGGAUCCAGGAGGUCACCAGGGGGUCCCCAAGGGUCCCUGGGGGUCCCACAGUCCCCAGCAGGUCCCCAAGCAUCCAUGAGGGUCCCCAGCAGGUCCCCAAGGGUCCAGGGGGGUCCCCAAGGGUCCAUGGGGGUCCCAGGGUCAUCAGGGGGUCCCCAAGGGUCUAUGGGGGUCCCCAGCAGGUCCCCAAGGGUCCAUGA